AUGAACGACAAUAAUUCACAUUCAAUUUUAUAUGAAAAAAGAAAAGUAGUUUCAUGUAUUAUAGCUAUUAUUAUUUGUAUUUCUGUUAUUCUUACUUUUAUUUCAGUUAUAAUUAAUCCGACAAAACAAAUAUUAAUUCCUUUAAAAUCUUUUCAACCAACAGACAAAGCUGAAAUUACAUUAAAAAUUAAUGACUUACUUCCGUUUCAUUCGUUCUUAGAUAUUUAUAUUAUUCCAAAUAUUUUAAAUAUUACAUUAGAACCUAUUCAUAUUGAUAGUUCUGUUUAUUUUCUGGAUAAUACAGUUUUUAUGGAAAAAAGAAAUGAUUUUAAUGUUAAAUGUAUUAAUGAUAUUUGUGAGAAAAUAUUAGUAGCUUCUAUAACUCCAAUUCGUGAAAAGGAUUUUAUUAUUAAAGGUAAUAUUCAAAGUAAAGAUAUAAUUAAAGAUAUUAAAAUUAUUGCUGAAUAUCAGUCUUAUCUUUGGGUUAUUAUUAUGAAUAGUGUUCAUUUAAUUUCAUUAAUAUUAAAUAGUAUUGGAAUAGUUGUCUUAUUAGUAAUUUGGAGAAAAACAUCAAUGAAAUCAUGGUAUUUUGAACAUUCAUAUUUAUUAGUUCUUCUUUUCUUUACUAUUUUAUAUGAUGCAACAUAUCCAUUUAUUUAUCUUUAUAGUGGUGUUUAUGUUCUUUGGACAUUACAAGCGUUAGAGAGUUUAUUUAUAUUUGUAUUAUUCCUUUAUUAUUUGAUUACAUUAAUUUGUAUGAGUUCUAAGAAUAGUCUAAAUAAAGGUUCUAUUUUAUUAGGAAUAGGUGUAGGAAUAGGUCAAUUUUGUUGUAUGAUUUCUUUAUUAAUGUAUAAUGGUUCAGGUAAUAUUAAAAAUUGUACAAAACUUGACCAACCUACUGAGGCAUAUGUUUUAAUUUCUGCAUUAUCAUUUACCAAUAUUCUUUAUAUCGUCUUGUGUGGAUAUCAUAGUUAUUGUAUUCUUCGUAAUAACCAUAGCUUCAAACAAUUUGCUGUCCACUUAUUAUUCAGUAUCCCUGUUGGUAUUAUUCUUGUAUUCACAACAUAUAAUUAUUAUUAUUUUUCUCUUGUUCCACCUGUCUCAUUUAAAUUAGCUACUACACUCUCUUCAGAAAUACUUCUAAUUGGACUUUAUGCUUUGAACUUUGGAACUUACUCUCUAAAUAAUGUUGAGUACAAAUUAGUGAAUUCUGAAAUUCCUAUAGAAGAUAAUGAGCCAAGUUCUCUCUCAAGAAAAUCUUUUGAUUUUUCUUCAAGGCCAUUAGUUUCUGCUACUUUACAAGAACCAAACAAAUCCCUUCAAUCAAAUUCAGUUCCAAAAAGUGAUAUUUCAAAAGAAGAAGUACAAACAGAUUUCGUUGGUAAUGAAGAGAUUAUUCUUUAA